UUUGCCUCCCUCUGAAAUCACCGGCCGAUUCCCUUCGUCUAAGUCCAACAAGAAGCUACAGGGAAAGCAGGUUUGUAACUGCGCAAUUCUUUCGAGCCACAUUGAGUCAGAUUGACCAAAUAAUCAACAAUUCAUGUACUUCAUAAAGUAAACCGCUGUCAAUCUCAAAUGCUAAAAGCGUAAUUAGCUAGCAGCCAUGCCUCAGUUGAAGCGACGCCUGUCGACCGGCUUUUCAGCGCUACGAAGUAUCUUCUUUAAAGAAUAAUGCUAAACACACAAAAGUUAAAACAUAUCCAUCGCCAAAAUAAUCAACAAUUCAUGUACUUCUGUUUCAUUUAACAGAAAGUAAACCGGUGACAAUCUCAAAUACUGAAAGGGUAAUUAGCUAGCAGCCAUGCAUUGAAGAAACGCUUCUCGUCGCUUUUCAGCGCUACGAAGUAUCUUCUUUAAAGAAUAAUACUAAACACACAAAAGUUAAAACAUAUCCAUCGCUUUGGCUGUUUGUACAAAGGUCGAUUUACCGAAGCUAUGCACGUGUAAUACAUCAGAUUAUAAUACUAUGGACCACAGCUUCGAACAACUAUUCUUCGUUUUCACUCUCACGCAAUAAACACGGCACAAAAAAAUACAUUUGAAACCGUCCAGUGGAAGAAGCCAAGAAAAUGAAAUGUUAUAAAAGACUAAUAUAUAAACAAUUUGUCCAAAUCUCAGGUCUUUGUGGCCCACAGUUUCUGAGUUAGUGCCGAAACAUUUCAUGCACCUUUGUAGAGCUUUGUAUGGAGACGCCAUACUGGUGGACAGAAACUGUCCACCAAUAUGGCCGCCGGAAAUCAACAAAAACAUCUGGAGAUCACUUUUUCUAUAAAAGCUCCUCCUUUUCACUCGAGAACUAGCAUACUUGCGCAUAAACAUAUCUUCUAAUACUUGAAAUGGUUAAACUGCUGAAAAUCAAGCGGAGAGACGUUUUUCAAGGAGAUAGCAUUCCUAUUUUGGUGUCACGCACUGUGAAAACUCGGAAGUUCAAACUGCUGUAUUUUCGAAAUGAAACAUGCUUCGGGACUGGAAACUUGUACAAAGAUUUAUUUCCUUUUAAUCUUCAACCUAGUGUAAAUUCGUAAAACUUCGCUUUUUUGACUUUGCAAUCUGAUGACGUCACCGUGAAAACCAUCAAUACUCACGUUUCCCUUGCAGCUGCUUUUUCGCAUACAGUGCUAUCAAAGCAAUCACAACAAGGCCGAGUACGACUCCCGGUAGCCACAUCUUGCUCUGAUCAAAAGACACGCUGAUGAAUACCGUAAAUCCAGUUGUUUACUAAGAGAAAGGAAACAGAAACAUUUCGGGGAAAAGUCCCCCACGUGGUCUAUUGUUACCACUGACAAAUUACGUCAUAUCCCGUUUUGCUUGUCCGCAGAGCCUUUUUAAAAUCUUUCUUUUUCACUAUUUAGUCUGUGAUGAUCAGUGUAGUCUAAUAGCUUUUAAAUCGUAUGAUGUACUUAUAGGACGUACUCACUACGGUCGUCGCAAUUUUAAAACCUAAAAAGACCUAAUAACACCGGGACAAAAUAAUAUGUCACGCAAUGUUACAAUUGGAUAGAGUGUGAUAGUCCUUUCAAAUUGUCACUGAAAACGAUCGAAACAGAGACUAAAAACCAUCGUUGAAGAUUUGUGUAUGGAGGGGUGUGAAUAGGGGUAUGCAAAUCCGCCGAUCCGUCAUGAUUUAUUAGCCAAAUCCGCUGUUAAAAUUGGGAAAGAUAUUUUCAAAAUCCGCCGAUCCGUUUGUCUGUUCACCCCGCCCUGUAUGCCGUAUGACAUAAAAUUUUAGGGUCAAUUUUGUGAGCCUACCAUCAGGGGGUAAUUUUUCGACGGUGCAUGGUUAUAACUUUUUAAAUACGUGAGAUACAUUAAAAAUCCGCGAGUAAGAACAAGGGCCCAGUUGUUGGAAGGCCGAUUAUCUUUUAUCCCAGGGUUAAAUUUAACCCGGGUUUAUUUUUCUUCUGUUCAAAAGCAUUUUCUCGGAUAAUUUUCUCUGUUAUUUUAAAGAGCAUCCAAUCAUCAACUUGUUGGCAAAAAGAAUUAAACUGAAUUUACUUUUUUUGAUAUGAAAGCUUAAAGCCCUGGCCCUGGUUGUUCAAACGUUGGAUAGUGCUAUCCACCAGAUAAAUCACUAUCCAGCGGCUAAGUAUUACGGAAAUCAAUUACGCUAUCCGCUGGAUAGUGAUUUAUCCGGUGGAUAGCGCUAUCCGACGUUUGAACAACCGGGGCCUGCCGUUUUCCUGUUAACUAACAGAUAAGCAAAGGCGACUUGUGGAGUGGUCUGGAAAUUACGAUUUAGUGAAGUAACGUUUGAUGGUUAAAAACGUUUGGCCCUCAAAAGUUGAAACUAGUGGCUUGUCGAGCUUUUGGUGAGAAAUAAAAACUUUCCAGUGUUCAGUAGUGUUCUGAAACUUAAGACGCUGCCAGUCGUCAUCUGCACAACUACGAGAAAAUCAAAUUCUUAGAAAAGACUCAGGUUUUCUCACCAAAGAUAUCGACUUCUUAUGAUGGUCUAUCAAGCAAAGGAUUGAAUGGAAAUGCAAGAAUAUUAGUAAAAAAGAGCCCCGAGCGAAAGAGUACAAUUGCCAAGUUGGGGAGCGAAGUUCAUGAUACGAAGGAUAUUUCCUGGAUGGGCGUAUCAGUUGUCGAUUAAUUUUUGUGACCUUGGUAAAUUUCCAGUCGUUUAUAAUUCAAUGGCUGUAAUAUUACGUGACAAAUGAUCGCCCUUUUUCUUGAUUUUGUCAGUUGGCUCCUUUAAUAUGUAAUAAUUUGGCUUAAUGUUCAGUCACAUGGAGGAUGUGGUGAAAAUAGGCGGCUCUUGCUGUGCAUGGUUCGCAAAUUUAGUUGUCAGUGCAUGGUAUUAGUUUUCAGUGAUUUUAAGGCUCACAGAGACUUAAGCAUGGUUAAAAAUAAAAAAAGCAUGUCUUAAGCAUGGCUGAAAAUCAAAAAAGCUUUUUCGCUUUGUUUUUCAAACACUUUCAGCGGUGCUAUGCUGAUCAAAAUUGUGGUUUGAAACGUUCCAACAUUUCUCCAAAUUUCUUUAUGAGUCAGACAUUUUAGUACGAGAAACAAUUGGAUCACAGAAACAUAAACGUUUCACUAACUUUUAAGCCAGUGGACGAAAUCCAGUGCUGCAGACCAUUAAAUUUGAACAUUUCACAAAUUACUUCGACAUGCACGGUAUACAGAGACAGAGUAUACUAUUUUUCUUUACACUUUUGUUUGAAAAAAAAAAAAAACGAUUGAAAUCAUUGCAUAAUAAUUCCUCUGGUAGUAAGAUGGUGUAUGAGCCUACCUCUUGAUACGAGCAGGUUAAUCUUUUGAACGAAACAAAGUGAACAUUUAUGUUCCAGCAAUUUUUCUAAUCUUGAAACAUCAAAAUAAAAUAGCUGUGUCAGUUGGUGCUCAAACCUGAGUUCGAUUUCAGAGGAAACAGACUAGAAAUUCGCUAAUUUCAUCAAGUUAUUCACACAUUGCAUUGCGCAGCGGAAAGCGCUGUAGGCAAAAUGUAAACUUUUCAGCUGACUUUUUCUAUAAAAAACGGUCAAUUGACAGAUUUAGUGCGAACAUAUCAAGGGUGAGUUAGGCCCAGUUCAGAUGUCGUGCUUCUGCCAUGCCGAACUUAAUUGUAAUUUGGUUCGACUGUACCACGGCAGGAAAACAACUUUGAUUCAGACGUCGUGCUAGAGUCGAACCAAAUUCAGGAUUGACUGAUGCCUUGUAACAAUUCUUCUCCCAGCCCCCCGUGGGAACGCAAUCUCGCCAAAAUACAUUAAAAUAAUUUAUGAAUUUUGUUUUGCGCGGCAGAAGCACGACGUUUGAAUCGCUGCCGUGCCAGAGUCGUGUAGCACGGCAGCGCUUGUCGAACUUAAUUGCUUGCCGAACUUAAUUCAAAAGUUUGAUUCGGACGCCGUGCUUCUGCCGUGCUUUUGUCGAACUUAAUUCCUGAAUUUAGUUCGGCACGUACGGUAGAAGCACGACGUUACUUGUAUCCAAAUAUAUUGCAGUGUGCAAAAAUACGUGUAACAAUGUGGUCCGUAUGCAUUGAAUUGGGUUUGGUUUAACGAGGAAGUCUUUACGGUUUCCAACUCGUUCUGACCUAUUCAUAGAUGCUAACUCUCUCGCUUAGUCUCUCUAAAAGUUUGAAAGUGUCUUCUUUCUGCUCGAUGACUUUGUGUUUGAUUCUUCUUAUCAAACAUUUCAAAUAAAUGUUUGCUUGACUUAAUUUCUUUGCAAAAUGACCAAAAUAAUAAAUCGGACGUAACAAAAUCAAUCUUAGCACUCCUCGGAGAUGAAGAGACUUCUACCGUUGCGUUCGAUUGAUCGCAUUCCGUCUAUUCCCGAAAUAAGAAUACGCAAAAGUUUUGUUACAAAACUCUAAUUCUAGAUAUUGCAAAGCGAUCAGUGCUAAAGCAAAUGAUUUCUAGGGCUUAUUUCAUUUACUCUUAUUUUGGAAUACGGUCAAUCGAACACGCCCUAAGAGAACCUUGACAAGUCUUCUUAAGAAAACAUGAUAUCGAGGUUCGAAUUGGUAUAAAUGUUAGUUAAUUUGGCUGUCUUUACACUAGGCUGUUAAGUAAGACUUAAGAGCUGCUAAGUUUUACUUCGCAAAAAAUUCGUGUGUGAAGGCCUAAGUAAAAUCUCAAGUAACUUUACUUUGCAUCUCAUUAAAGUCGGAAAGUUGAAACGAUUCAAGAAAGUUUCAAGCGACUUGAAAAUUAAAACCGACUUAGCUGACUUCCGGUUACUUAAGGUUUCUUGAGGUUUGAGAAAGGCGAAACACGUCAAUCAAUCGUAAUUAUGUUGAGUUGGAAAUUAGCCUUGAGUUAACCUGAAGUAGAAAAGAAUCGGUUGUGUGUGAAGCUGUAUUUUACUUGACCUGAUCAAAAGUUACUUGUCUUGAAUUAUUUCUUAGCUUAUUUAGGUUCUAGUGUAAAUACUAUCGUUGUUUGAGGAUCAGGGAAUCAGACGGCUGCGCCAAAUUGGAAUCAUGUUAAUUUUCCAUAAACCAAAGAUGUGAAUAAACUCAUUAAAACAAAGAAAGAGCUGGAUACCUCCGCCGCCGUUUCCGAUUUUACUAUAUUUGGCAAAACCCUGACUUAGUAUCGCUAUAAUGUAAGGUCCAGUUCAUAAACUAAUGAAAGACGAUUUUUCUUUGACCAGACCCUCCGUGGGACUGUGCAAGGAAUCGGCUUUAAUAAUAUCACUUAAGUUUGAGAAUUUUACACCCGGAUAUUUCGUAGAACUCCUUAGCUUAUCCGGAACAACAAAUCACCUUGAUACUGAUGGGCAAACGAUCAAUUUUAUAGGAAAAAUUUCACUUGAUGGUUUAUAAUCUUUGACUUCAUAAACGGCAGCACUCGACCUUUGACAGUCUUCACAGGUGAGUUUAGCUAAAAUCAUAUUAUGUAAAUAAACAACAAUGGGACACCAAAACGAGGGCAGGUGGCAGAAUGCUUCAUGCGUAGCGUCUAAAAAUCAGAGCUAAAUAGUGUGAGAAUUUUUUCUCACCUGAUAGAACAAACAAGGAAAAUAUUUCCAACAUAGUAUUUGAGGUCGGUAAAGCAUAUGUAAUGAGCUGGAAUUUUUUGUAAAACUCCUAACCACAAUAUGGGGUCCAGGUAGGUCGAUUGCUCUAUUUAUUUUGUCACAGAGAGUUAUAAACAAAUGUCAUUUAUUCCUCAAUAGGCUGUUUGAAAUUAUCGGCCAGACAAAACUUCAAAGCUUUCAUUUAAUGGGUAACGAGCACGUCAUAAUUAAGUGAAAGGGAGAAAUCCUCCUCGCUAUAUAUAUAGCACUAUAUGUGUUAAUCGGUCGACGUAGUGAUUUAAACUAACAUAUCGAAUCCAUAAAUAUUAAGCAUUAUUGGUCUUCUUGGGUCCUGAAAACAGAAGUUUAAUUUCAUCGCGGUCGCUUUAGCGUGAAGUUGAGAAACACGGGAAAUAUGGCUUAGAAAAGGAGAUUUGACAUUUGGUCAACAGCUCAACCGGGAUGUGGUCAUUAGGACAUUUCCUAAUCGAUAUUUUAAACGUAAGCUUUUACUUACUCACUUUUUGCCUUUGAUCCAGAUUGUUGCUAUGGAUUUAUUCCGUGUGUAUGGUGCUACUUUCAGCUUCUACAGAUAUUGCAAAAGGUGGGCGUGUCUAAAAAUGAACUAUAACGAUAAAAUUUGUUUUUUUUACGUUCUGUCAAUUAUUGAAGUAAAAGAGAUAGGUGUUGGGUCAUUAAUUUGAUUUUUUAGCAUCUUAUGUACAGAAUAUGUGAUUAAAAUCGUGUAACCUAUCGCCUAGUUGUGUCAUGAAAAAUUAGUCAAAAUUAUCGAAUGGCAACCCAUGGGUCUCUGACAAAAAUUUGAUUCAUGAUUUGUUUCAACCCUGGACCGAGCGGAUGCCCCUAGUCAGACAAAAAAUACCCGUUUCAAGAUCCGUUGAUAAAGACAGAUUCAAUGAGUCAAUAUCAAAACUGUAAUCAAAGUAGACACCGUUCUGUUUUUCACAUCAGUAAGAUCAUCUAUCUGACACGGAUUCUGGGGCGGAUAUCCCGUCUGAGACGAAUGAUACGUCUCUAUUGUGAAAAAGGCUUUUUUUUGGAGAAAGAAAGACUUGUUAAUAUAUGGCAUCAUAAAACUAACGAAACUUUAGCUACCUUUGGGGGUCUUGAAAAUGCCAAUAUUCCCACCCAAUUGCAUAUACGAUGUAACUGACUAGAAACGCAGGCAAUGAUAAUACUCGAUUGCCCUAAUUUUAUUGUUGACUAAAAUAUUUAACGCCGUAAACUAUAGGUAACUGCAAAGAUUUCGACUUUGAGAAUGGCGCUGCAACAUUAUCUGAAUGGACCAAAACUGGACACGCAUUCGAUGGCCAACCUACUUAUGGAGACAAUGCCCGCAUACGUGACCCCAGAAUCAACACUAACGUCCAAGGCGACUGGUGGAUAGGCACCUUUGAGAACAGGUCUAAUCCUGAGGAAGAUGGAGGAUAUAUGGCAGGCGAUUACCCAGUGGGGACGCUGUCUUCUCCAAAAUUCCGUAUCAUUGGUCCAAAAAUGUCCUUUCUUCUUGGCGGAGGCUGUGAUGUGGGGCAAAUUCGGGUCGAGCUGCUUGUAAAUGGUCAGGUUGUACGCGAGGCUUUCGCUGACGAAUGUCGUGAACACAUGAGAAGAAGAGAAUGGGAUGUGCGACAGUUUAAAAACCAAUUUGGUCAAAUACGUUUAGUUGAUGCAUCAAGAAAGGGACACAUAAAUUUUGACGACUUGUGGGGAGAUUUUACUUGCACUGGUGAGUGAGACAGAUUGUUUUAUUUACAAAAGGAAUUUAUUGAUAGCAGUUUUCAGUCCCACAAAUAUAAUGAUUGAUCAUUAAUACAACUAUUUUAACCUUUUUAAGUCCUUAACCAUGCAAAAAUCGACUUCGACGAGCACCAUCCUUAUUGCCGAAUGUACUGAGGAAGCUAGAGUAACGUCAAAGUUUGGAACCUCAUCCUAUACGUUUUGAACAUUUCAACAGUGAAUUUGUAUGUGAAAUCAAAUAUUGAGGGGUGAAAUUAGGAAAUAAUCUCACGUGUGUUUUAUCCAAAAUUCUAAUUCUAAUUUUCCUAGUCUUGUAACAUUUAGCCUUUAGGGGACAAAGUACGCACACAGUCAUAUUUUUUUACUUGUUUAUCUCCUCGAGAACUCUAAGCACUGAAAAGUUUAGGAAAUAAAUUUCGGCUUAACUUCACAAGUUUCUGAAUUUGUCGACACAAUACCUGUUAGAAUCCUUGUUGAAGUGUUCUUUCGUGUGUUUAGGUUUCCUAAAGCGUCUUUUAAUGCCCUGACAUCUUUAUUCUUAAAUUUCAAAUUUUACUCUCACCACAUUCUCUUUCAUUUUGCAGGUAAUGAGACAAAUAGUGUGAAUUUACAAGAUUCUAGCUUUGCAGGAAAAAAUAAUACAGACAAUGAAGGUAUGUGCUCUUAACUUUCACUGGUAAGAAAUAUAAGGAAACUACAGAGAAUUGUAAAAAAUGCAGCGGCAAAUUUGAUUUUUACGUUAACUGCUAUUUUCAAAUAAAACGCGACAUCAGUAUUUUAUUUUUUGGGUGUUAAAUACCUAAAAGAGGACCAAGCGUCUAGCCUGCGAAUACAGCCUCAUAUCGUUCCUUGUCACUUAACGCCAAUAUGAAAAUUGCUUUUCAGUUUCUUCGAUUUACAAACCUGCUUCACUUUGCUGAAUUUGGUAAAUUCUACAAUUUUAUAUAGAUAUGGCUAAUUCAAACAAUUUGGUAACAUCCAUUAACGUCAACAUGAGAAUUUAUUCUUUUCUUUGAUUUACAAACCUGCUUCAUGCUGAAUUUGGUAAAUUCUACAAUUUUAUAUGGAAAAUGGCCAUUUUCAAACAAUUUGGUAACGUCCAUAUUGAAGUACCGUAAAAUUCCGAAAAUAAGCCCUGGGGCUUAAUAUAUUUUUCAAAGGCCCUUUUUGAGGGGCUUAUACUCGGAGGGGCUUUUGUACGGAGGGAAAUCUGCGUUUCAAAAUCGAUUGGGCUCGCUUAUAGUUGGAAGGAAAUGUUACCGUUUUUGCUUUGCUUUACUUUGUAUUUGAGGCCAAUUUCUAAGUACAAGGCCCCGGGUGCUUAUAUUAGGAGGGGCGAUUUAACGGAGGGUUUUUUACGUUACGAGUUUGGGGGGCUUAUGUGCAUGGACGGGCUUAUUUUCGGAAUCUUACGGUAAAUCUUGCAAGGCCCAGAAACGUUUUGCAAAAUUAUUACAGUCACUUUCUUAAUUAAAUUUUCUAAGUUUAACAGAUCAAAGUUAAAUUUUUAACGUUGUAAUCACUUUUUGUCUCCGUUUAGGUGAAAAAGACGAUUUUGUUGUUGUUGACGAACCAUUAGUUGCUGUGAACCCAAACGCCACUAAAUCUCAUGAAAGUUUGUUAACAGGAACGGGUAUAAAUCAGCAUUAUUUAUUCGUUAUCGAGCAAGUCUUCAAUUACUUAACCUUACUGGUAAUAUUCUCUCUCUUUGGCCAUACCUCUACCGUGGAUGUUGGCCACAAAUUGCUAGAAGUAUCUCGUAUGACAUUAAUAUACCGUAAACUGGUACUUAUAAGCAUCCCCCCGAAUUUAGACCCAUCUACCUAAGGGACCGGUCAUUAUUGAUCACCUGGGUGGGGUGGGGGCGGAGAAUUUUUUUGGGGGGGAAUCACUUGAUUUUAAGGAGAAAAAAAGGGGGGAUCAGUCGUAACAGAGAACCCAAGUGGGGGAUCAAUGAAAACUUUGGAAGCAUUCAGAGGGGGGACCACUCAAAUUUGCUUGGAAAAUGAAGACAUGGUGGGGGCGAUCGCGAAAGUCAUCAAAUGUUAUUAGGGGGGAUCACUUCAGUGAAGUAACAGUCAAAGAGGGGAUCGGCUAAAUCUCACCUUGUUUAGCCCUAAAUCUACCCCCCAGGCGAUAAUUAUGACCGGUCCCUAAAAUAUUACUUCCGGUUAUAACACCCCUCUAACUUGUAUUGAAAUGAAUUCGAUGUAUAAUUCCGAAAAAAAACAACAACAACAACAAAGACAAAUAACAAAAGCACCUCAGAGAUUCAAACGCCGAUGUUCAAUUUAUUAUUUGAAUCUGAUUCUUGAUCUUUAGGUUGAAAAGAAAGGUUUUUUGGAACCAGGAACGUUGAAUGUGUUUAUAGUAGAACUAUUUUCUUUCUUUAUUUGAUACCAUUAAAAAAUCUCUCUGCUACAAUCCCGAGUAAAACAAACUGGUGAAACAUUUAUAUUCUGAAUGUCACUUUCCUACAGACGAUGAAUAUGGUGCACUCCAGAAGGCUGCAAGACCGCAAGCGCCGAUGCAACAGAACCCCAUUCAAGCAGGGAGCGGUAAGAAACGUGAAUUCGCUCACAUAAAUUAUUCUUCUGUGAUGAUGGAAAAAUAAGGGCCUGACAGAGAUAUAUUCAGCCAUUUUACAAAGGGGAAGGGAAGGCAAGGCAAGUGGAGGAACGUUCCAAAACGUCUGAAAAGUUAAAGACCAUUAGUAACGUUUCUGUGUUUAUCUUCCAGAUUUAUCUCCGCACUUUCUCAAAGGAACAAAAAUCAGUAAUUCCAAUAUGUAUACAGCACCAAAGCGUCUUUCAUCAAAUGCUGACUCUGUUUCAGACGUCGCGAAUGCCUCGCUCGAUACGCUUGGUGACGAAUCUGCUAACAAUAUGUCCGAUCUCACUAACGGUCAAUUGAGGAAUCCUACAGGUACAUGUAAAAACAAUUAUCAAAUACGUCUGUUUGAAAAUAUUGUGAAUGCGGUAAGGACUAACAGUCCCGUCACCCUACGGCGGGCUUCUAAAAAGCUUUCCUUGCCAUUCUAGUCUUAUGAGACGAAAUACUAGACUUGCAUAGCUAGCUGAUAAAAUUUCACCAAUGUGCUGUGAUCUAAAUAAAGAGUUACCUUGAAGUUCGUGCAUAAAAGAGAUGGGUAACGGUGAGGAUUUGCGGGUAACUCUGAUUCUACUACUCCUUACUUACUGAGCCCGUUUCUUGCUCCUCCUGCCCUUGCGCCCUCCUUCCUAUGUCACGAACAUUUACUUGGAGUUGAUGGUAAGCCCAGCAUAUUCCUUCGACGCCGCAUGUUCAUUACUUGUUAUAAAUAUGUUCAAACACCAAACGGUUUGCAUAGAGUAUUCAUUUUUGCUUAUUUCUUCCUUCCACCUACUUUUUCGUUACCCUAAUUUUUUCCAAAUACGCCUCCCACACGAAGAAAUUCCUUCCACUAUACAGCACUUCAGUGCAUACUUGAGAAUUUAAUCAUGGUAAGCUGUUAUCACCAUCUCUUUGCCAGUCAGCAUUUAUGACCAAAAUGUUUAAUCCUGUACAUUUUAGGUAACUGCAUAUAUUUCAACUUCAACAAUGGCUCUGCAACACUUUCUAAAUGGAACGAAACUGGACCGGCAUUCGACAACGAAGGAGGGUUCAGAGAGGAUUACCCUGAAGGGACGCUUACCUCUCCAAAAUUCCGUAUCAUGGGCCCAAAACUGUCCUUUCUUCUUGGCGGAGACUGGGAUUUAGGGAAGAUUCGGGUUGAGCUGCUUGUGAAUGGACAGGUUGUACGAAAGGCUCUCGCUGACAAAGGUCGAGAAAACAUGAGAAGGAGAGAGUGGGAUGUGCGACAGUUUAAAAACCAAUUUGGUCGGUUACGUUUUGUUGAUGCAUCAGGAAACGGACACAUAAAUUUUAACGACUUGUGGGCAGAUUUCGCGUGCAGUGGUAAGUGAGUGUUUCGUUCACAAAGUUAAUUUGUGGCAUUGACUUAGUCAAAAAUAUGAUAGCGUAGACGCUCUUGAUAGGCUUGGUAAGAACUGUACAAAAAACAAGUCCGUUUCCACAGGCACAGUGAUCAGUUUUCCGAGUGAUCCCCCUAGAAAGAAAAAACACUAACUGAAACAAGUCCCCUGCCUUCUCCUUACUUUUUGAGACAAUUUUUCCCUUCCAUCUACGUUUUCGUCUGGUUGCCAAAACUGUCGCCCAUACCUCAUUUAGUCGUUUAUUCAUUUCCCUUAUACACAGCCCUGAAGUGCAUACGAUAAUUAAAUUACUUUCAGCUCUAAAACACAACAGAAAGGUCUCUCAUACCUUGUUAGGUUUGUUGAUGAAACUGUUUAAUCCCAUAAAUUUUAGGUAGUUGCAAAUAUUUCAAUUUUAAAAAUGGUUCUACAACACUAUCGAAGUGGAACAAAACUGGACCGGCAUUCGACAACGAAGGAGGGUUCAGAGAGGAUUAUCCUGAAGAGACGCUGACCUCUCCAAAAUUCCGCAUCAUCGGUCCAAAGAUGUCAUUUCUUCUUGGUGGAGGCUGUGACAUGGGGAAGAUUCGGGUUGAGCUUCUUGUGAAUGGACAGGUUGUACGAAAGGCUCUCGCUGACGAAUGUCGUGAUAUCAUGCGAAGGAGAGAGUGGGAUGUGCGACAGUUUAAAAACCAAAUUGGUCGGUUACGUUUUGUUACUGCAUCAGGAAAGGGACUCAUAAAUUUUGACGACUUGUGGGCAGAUUUCUCGUGCACCGGUAAGAGUUUGGUUCGCGCACAAACUGAAGCUAAUUCGCGGCAUUGAAUUAGUCAAAAAUACAAUAAAGUAUAGACGCUCCUGAUAGGCUUGUUGAGAAUUCUGAAAAAAACAAGUCCGUUCCCAAUGACACAGCGAUCAGUUGUCGGAGUGAGCCGCCAAGUAAGAACAAACACUAACUGAUAAGUAUAUCUGACUGGCUCUGACUGCAUUAAGGAACAGGUGAUCCAUUACUCUAUACGGAAGAUCUCAAUGAAGUCAUGAUAUUCACAUUAUUUUAUGAAGACGAAAAGCUCAUUGGGGUUCAAUCUACUAACAUUUACUCAAUAGUUAUAUCAAUCUUUAAAAGUCAGCUAAUAAAUCCGCGCACGUUUUCUUCCUGUUACAAAAAAACAUCUCUUGCAGGUGAUGAAUCCGAUGCAGUCCAGGCUGAUUCAAAGCUGGAGGGAACGCUACAAAAUACACUAGAACAAAAAGGUAAGAAGCAAGUACUUUUAGUUUUUAAUGCAUGAAACAGAGGGGACUGAGGAAGUGAGGGGUAAAGUAAAAAUUCCCAGCUCAAUACUUUUUUUGCCAGUCUCUUCCCUCUUCCUGCCUUUAAAGCCUCUUUUCUAAAUUGUCGUUCACAUUUGUUUGAAGCUAAUGAUUAUUAUGCAGCCCAGCAAUUUCCGUCAAAGCCGCAUACACCGGUAUAUAAUACGACAGCUCAAACACCUAAAGGUCAGCAACAAGUCCCUUACACUUCUCCUUACUUUUUGAGGCAAUUUUUCCCUUCCAUCUACGUUUUCGUCUGGUUGCCAAAACUGUCGCCCAUACCUCAUUUAGUCAUCUAUUCGAUCCCUUUAUACACAGCCCUGAAGUGCAUAUAAUAAUUAAAUUACGGUAAGUUCUACAACACAACAUACAGUGUCUCUCAUACCUAUAGUUAGGUUUGUUGACAAAAGCGUUUAAUCCCGUAAAUUGUAGGUAACUGCAAAUAUUUCAGUUUUAAAAAUGGUACUGCAACACUAUCGAAGUGGAACAAAACUGGACCGGCAUUCGUCAACGAAGGAGGGUUCAGAGAGGAUUACCCUGAAGGGACGCUUACCUCUCCAAAAUUCAGAAUCAUCGGUCCAAAGAUGUCCUUUCUUCUUGGUGGAGGAUGUGAUAUGGGGAAGAUUCGGGUUGAGCUGCUUGUGAAUGGACAGGUUGUACGAAAGGCUCUCGCUGACGAUUGUCGAGAAAACAUGCGACGGAGAGAGUGGGAUGUGCGACAGUUUAAAAACCAGUUUGGUCGGUUACGUUUUGUCGAUGCAUUAGGAAAGGGACACGUAAAUUUUGACGACUUGUGGGCAGAUUUCUCGUGCAGCGGUAAGUGAGUGUUUCGUGCACAAAGCUAAAUUGUGGAAUUCAAUUAGUCCAAAACAAAAUAGUAUAGACACUCCUAAUAGGCUUGGUGAAAAAAAAAAAACAAACAAACAAACAAGUCCGUUCCCACUGACACAGCGAUCCGGUUGUCUUAGUGAUCCGCCAAGUAAGAACAAACACUAACUGAUACGUACAUUUGACCUGCUCUGACUGCAUUAAGCAAAAGGUGACCCAUUACCCUAUAGAAGAUCUCAAUAGAGUAAUCAUAUUCUCCAUAUUUUAAGACGACUAAAAGCUGAUUGGGUUAAAAUCUAGUAACGUGUAUUCAAUAGUUAUAUUAAUCUUAAUAACAAAUCCGCGAACGUUUUCUUGCUGUUAUAAACAAUACCUGUGUUUCUUUGAAAAACUAUACUUAUAAAUGUUACUUGCAGGUGAUGAAUCCGAGGCAACGUUACAUUAUACACUAGCACAAAAGGGUAAGAAGCAAGAAUGUUUUGUUUUUAAUGCUCGAAACAGAGGGAACUGAAGAAGUGAGGGGUAAAGUAAGAAUCGCCAGCUCCAUACUUUUUUGCUAGUCUCUUCCUUCUUCCUGCCUUUGAAACUCCUUUCUAAAUUGUCGCCCACACCUGUUUGCAGAUAAUGCUCAUUAUAUAGCCCAGCAAAUUGCCUCAAAGCCGCAUACACCGGUAUAUAAUACUGCAGCUUAAACACCUGAAGGUCAGCAAGGAGUCCCCUGCACUUCUCCUCACUCUUUAGUCUUUAUUGAAUAUACUACGUAGUAUAAAUGCAUACCUAUAUUUACAUGUUUUAUAUUACUAGUGUAAAAGUAAUAAAUAAAGUAUAUUUAAAAUACAGUCUAUUUAUAAAACUAGAUUUAAAACGUUCCGUAAUCACACAGGGUAGCUAAUAGGCUAGCUUGUUUGAGUUCUCAGACGUUUUGAAGAUUCUUUAACUCUGGGCAACAAAUUAUACAGCGGAUGAGUAGGCAGGCAACUAAUCUUCUUAGGAUUGACCUGUCUGUUUUUUCAGGCAAAUCGUUAGCUAUAGCAUAGGACAUAAAACGGUGUUUAUGACAUCUGCAAAGCUACUGCGGCACAAUAUUAAGUUCAGGCACGAAGGCUACAUACACCGGUAAAACCAUACGAAAUUUUAGGUAAAACUAAAGACUGAAAUAAAUAAGUAAUUUCCAGUUGAUUAUAUCCAGUUCCUUCCUUCCUUAAGCUCCUUAAAACGUAGAGUCACUUAUUCGCUUCGAAAAGUCGUCGUUUAAUACCUUCAGUAAAUCUACCAUUGUGCUGGAAAGUCACACCAAGUAGUACUAGGAAUUCGGCCUGCUUUAUGUUGCCAGUAGGAGUAGGAUUUGCUCGCCAUUUCUUCUUCAAAACUAAUUCUUUGCGUUUGGAUAGAUUGCAUGGCAUACGGUUUGUCCUUGACCAGCAGGUAUAGCGAAACUACAUUACCUGCACAAUCAGUUCUGCCUUAUUUAUAAUAACUUGCAGCAUCGGCACAUUUUCUUAGAGAAGUAUCAAGACAGCUUACAAGAUCGAAAUCAUUGAUAAAAAGAUUAAAAAAAAAUAAGGGCCACAUUUUUUGAGGCAACUUCUCCCGUCCAUCUACUUUUUCGUCUGGUUGCCAAAACUGUCGCCCAUACCUCAUUUAGUCAUCUAUUCCCUUUAAACACAGCCCUGAAGUGCAUACGAUAAUUAAAUUACGGUAAGCGCUACAACACGACAUAAAGUGUCGCUAAUACCUAGUUAGGUUUAUUGACCAAAAUGUCUAAUCCCGUAAAUCGUAGGUAACUGCAAAGAUUUGGACUUUUCGAAUGGCUCUGCAGCACUAUCUAACUGGAGCAGAACUGGACGGGCAUUCGACAGAGUUAGAGGGUUUAAAACAGAGGAUUACCCCGUGGGGACGCUAACCUCUCCAAAAUUCCGUAUCAUGGGUCCAAAACUGUCCUUUCUUCUUGGCGGAGGCUGUGAUUUAGGGAAAAUUCGGGUUGAGCUGCUUGUGAAUGGACAGGUUGUACGAAAGGCGUUUGCUGACGAAUGUCGCGAUAACAUGCGAAGGAGAGAAUGGGAUGUGCGACAGUUUAAAACCCAGUUGGGUCAAAUACGUUUGGUUGAUGCAUCAAGAAAGGGACACAUAAAUUUUGACGACUUGUGGGGAGAUUUCACGUGCAAUGGUGAGUGUUUCUUUAUUGAAACAAAUUCGCGGUAUUUAACUUUUUGCAGGUGCAAUUGUCGCUCCUGCUAGCCUUGGUGGCAAUUCUGCAAACAGUUGCAGGUUUGUUCUUUGUGACGACAGGGAACUAUAACCCGGAGUGAGCAGCCGCCAUGCUCACACACACGUGUCUAUGUAACGGCGAUUUCACGAAACGGUGAACGUAUAGACCAGUAGUUUAGAGCACUUUGCCCGCGAGAAUGGAAGUUCCGCUCUGCGUUCGAAGUAUAAGAAAUUAGAAACAAAAUAACAUUAAACGUCAUUGAAACUUUGAAAGCUCCCUUUUUAGGUCUGUAAGUUUUAAUGACUGGUUGGUUUAUACUUCGAAACGUUAUUCUAGAUUCUUGCGAAAAUCCUUGUUCAAGUACUGAAUAUGAAAACGCUCUGACAAAAAUUACAUCAAACGAAAUUUGCUCGUCCUGGUUAUGUCCUUUUGAUGACGUUUAGUAGAAAGAUUCAACAAGAAAUGAAGUCUUUGUGACUGGUUCUGAAAGUAUCGAGGAAAACCUAACCCAUUGUCUAUGAAAGGCAUCAUAUGGGCGAAAAGAAAUUUGGUUUAAUAAAACCGACGCUUUGUGCCGGUCAUUUAUUAAGUGUUCUGUUAUCCUUAGGAACACUAUAGUAACACUUAUUAACAAGGUCACUUGCAGGUGAUGAGUCUGAUGCAAUCCAGUUUGAUUCAAAGCCACAGGAGACGGUGCAACAAACACAAAAAGGUUAGAAGCGAGUAUUCUUCAGUUAUAGGAUCAGUGGCAAGUAUUUUUUUAUUCAUACAAAACUGAGAGGAGGGAAAAUGGGGGUAUAUCUCUCUCCUUCGUACUUUGUGAUCUGAUUGUUCCUCCCUCGUCCAAAACUGUCGCCCAAAUUUAGUCAUUCCCUGUCCUACAGCCUUGAAGUGCAUACCUGAUCCAUGGUCAGCUCUACGCCAUCAAAUGUCUCUAGUUAGGUUUCAUUGUUAACCAAAAUGUUCAAUCUGCCGUGAAUUUUUAGAAACUGUAAAGAUUUUGACUUUGAGAAUGGAUUUGCCUGAUUAUCUAAAUGCAGCAAAACUGGACGUGCAUUUGACCAAAAUGAAGCAUUUAUAACGGAGGAUUACCCUGUGGGGAAGCUGAUCUCUUAUAAAAUUCCGUAUCAUUGGCCAUAAACUAUCAUUUCGUGUUGGUGGAGGCUGUGAUGUAGGAAAGAUUCAGGUUGAGCUGCUUGUGAAUGGCCAGGUUGUGCGAAAGGCUUUUGCGGACGAAUGUCGCGAAAAAAUGCGAAGGAGAGAGUGGGAUGUUCGACAGUUUGAAAACCGAAUUAUUGAAAUACGUUUGGUUGAUGCACCAGGGGCACAAAAUAUCUGUUCAGAAGACGAUUUGAGAUCUAGAAUUUUCGGAACAUUAGUUGUAAAAUUUAUUGCUUGCCUGCCUCUCCUAGGAUUUUCGAACGUCUAAAAAAGUGGUAUAAUUGCCCAUUUUUAACGGAUUUUCUCCCUAAAAAGGUCCCCUAGAACUUUCAGAAGCCUUUUUUCUGGCUGAAAUUUUCGAAAAGGUACGUUUUGAUCCCUAUAAUUUUCGGAUCACUAGACUUUCAGCUAGAAAAAUUUUUUAGGGGAUAAAAAUAUACCUAUAUCUACCGUUUAAUUACUAAAAUACGUUUAACAGGGCUAUGUUUAAGUCCUUUUGAACUAUAUUCUCGUUGGAUGCCCCUGAUGCAUCAAGGCAGGGACAUAAAAAUUAUACAGCGAAUGGAAGGCAGGCAGCUAAUCUUCUUGGAGAUAUAUUGUCCUGUCUGUUUUUUCAAGCAAAUCGUUAUCUAUAGCAUAGCAUAUAAAACGGCGUUUAUGACUUCUGCGAAGCAACUGCUGCUACACAGUAUUAAGUUCAGGCACGCAGGCUACAUACACCGGUAAACCAUACGAAACUUUAGGUAAAACUAAAGACUGAAAUAAACGUUCAAAUUCCACUAAUUGAUUAUAUCGUUCUUUCCUUAUGCUCCUUAACACCAGAGGCACUUAUUCGCUUCGAAAAGUUUUCGUUUAAUAUGUUUGGUAAAUCUACCAUUGCGCUGGAAAGUCACUCCAAGUAGCACUAGAAAUUCGGCCUGCUUUUUGUUACCAUUAGGACCAGGAUAGUUCUUGUCCUUUCUUCUUCAAAACUAAUUCUUUACCCCUUGGAUGGAUUGCAAGGCAUGGAGUUUGUACAAUCAGCAUCAGCACAAUCCGUUCGGCCUUAUUUACAAUACCUUCCAUCUUAGUAUCAUGAUCGUCAUAUUUUGUACGAGAAGUAUCAAGACAGCUUACAAGAUCGAGAUCAUCAAUAAGAAGAUUAAGCAAAUAAGGGUCACUCUUUUUGAGGCAAUUUCUCCCUUCCAUCCACUUUUUCGUCUGGUUGCCAAAACUGUCGCUCAUACCUAUUCCCUUUAUACGCAGCCCUGAAGUGCAUAUGAUGAUUACAUUACUGUAAGUUCUACAACACCACAUAAAGUGUCUCUCAUACCUAGUUGGGUUUAUUGACCAAAAUUUUUAAUCCCGUAAAUUGUAGGUAAAUGCAAAGAUUUGGACUUUUCGAAUGGCUCUGCAGCACUAUCUAACUGGAUCAGAACGGGACGGGCAUUCGACAGAGGUGUAGGAUUUAAAACAAAUGAUUACCCCAUGGGGACGCUAACCUCUCCAAAAUUUCGUAUCAUGGGCCCAAAACUGUCCUUUCUUCUUGGUGGAGGCUGUGAUUUAGGGAAGAUUCGGGUUGAGCUGCUUGUGAAUGGACAGGUUGUACGAAAGGCGUUUGCUGACGAAUGUCGUGACAACAUGCGAAGGAGAGAAUGGGAUGUGCGACAGUUUAAAACCCAAUUGGGUCAAAUACGUUUGGUUGAUGCAUCAAGAAAGGGACACAUAAAUUUUGACGACUUGUGGGGAGAUUUCACAUGCAAUGGUGAGUGUUUCUUUAUUGAAACUAAUUCGCGGAAUUGAACUUUUUACUGGUGAAAUUGUGGCUCCUGUUAGCCUUGGUGGCAAUUCUACAAAAACUGCAAGUUCGUUCUUUGUGACGGCGGGGACCCAUGACCCCGAGUGAGCAGCCCCCAUACUCUCACACACGUGUCUAUGUAACGGUGAUUUCACGAACCGGUUAAAGUAUAGACCAGGCCUGGAUUGGUUGGAUAGCACUAUCCACCGAAUAUAUCACUAUCCAACGGGGAAGUAUUAGGGAAACCAAUUGCAGCAUCCAGUGGAUAGAGAUCUUAUCCAGUAAAUAGCGCUAUCCAACGUUUAAAACAACUGGGGUCAGUAGUUUGAGCACUUUGCCCACGAGAAUGGAAGUUCCGCUCUGCAUUCCAAGCAUAAGAAAUAAAUAAAUAAGAAAAAACAUUAAAAGUCACUGAAACUUCAAAGGUUCCUUUUUUAGGUCUGUAGGUUUUACCGACUGGUUGCUUUAUGUUUCGUUACGUUAGGCCAGAUUAUUGCGAAAAUCCCUGUUAAAGUACUGAAUGUGAAAACGCUCUGACAAAGAGUACAUAAACCGAAAUUUGCUCGUCCUGGUUAUGGCCUUUUGAUGAUGUUUAGUUGAAAGUUCCAACAAGAAAUGAAGUCUUUGUGACUGAUUCUGAAAAUAUCGAGGAAAACCUAACCCACUGUCUAUGAAAGGCAUCAUGGGCGAAAAGAAAUUUGGUUUAAUAAAACCAACUCUUUGUGCCGGUCAUUUAAGUUUUCUGUUAUUCUUAGCAACACUAUAGUAACACUUAUUAACAAUGUUACUUGCAGGCGAUGAAUCUGAUGCAAUCCAGUUUGAUUCAAAGCCGCAGGAGACGGUACAACAAACACAAAAAGGUUAGAAGCAAGUACUCCUCAGGUUUUAUAGGAUCAGUGGAAAGUAUUUUUUCCAUUCAUACACAACGGACAGGUGGAAAAAUGGGGGUAAAUCUCUCUCCUUCGUACUUUGUGAUCUGAUUGUUCCUCCCUCGUCCAAAACUGUCGCCCAAAUUUAGUCAUUCCCUGUCCUACAGCCCUGAAGUGCAUACUUGGUCAUAAUUUAAUAUUGGUGAGCUCUACGCCAUCAAAUGUCUCUAGUUAGGUUUCAUUGUUAACCAAAAUGUUCAAUCUGCCGUGAAUUUUAGGAAACUGUAAAGAUUUUGACUUUGAGAAUGGAUUUGCAUCAUUAUCUAAAUGGAGCAAAACUGGACGUGCAUUUGACCAAAAUGAAAGAUUUAUAACGGAGGAUUACCCUGUGGGGACGCUGACCUCUCCAAAAUUCCGUAUCAUUGGCCAUAAACUGUCAUUUCUUCUGGGUGGAGGCUGUGAUGUAGGGAAGAUUCGGGUUGAGCUGCUUGUGAAUGGCCAGGUUGUGCGAAAGGUUUUUGCGGACGAAUGUCGUGAAAAAAUGCGAAGGAGAGAGUGGGAUGUGCGCCAGUUUAAAAACCGAAUUGCUCAAAUACGUUUGGUUGAUGCAUCAAGGCAGGGACAUAUGAAUUUUGACGACUUGUGGGGAGAUUUCACAUGCAUAGGUAGGUGUUCAAUUUUCGAGACUUAUUUGCGGCGUUGAAUUUAUCAAAGACAUAUUCAUGAUAGGCUUGGUGACACUUUUCCUAACAACAAGUCUAUUGUCACGAAAUAUAUUCGUGGAUACUGAGUAUAAAGGGUUUAGUUUUAUCGUUUGAUUCACGAUUGUCACUUUGAUGUUGAUCGCGACGUUUCGACCGCACACUGCAGGUCUUCAUCAGGCGAUAGUGUCGAUUUACUGAGGCCUGGUUCAGACGCCGUACUUUUCAUCCGCCGAACCUAAUUGAAUAAGUUCGACUUUGGAGCGACGUUGGCGCGACAUCUGAUUCAGACGUCGCACCGUGUGUAGAGCCUAAGUUAAGUUCGACACACUCUGUCGCACUUAACGCUUUUGCCGCACCAAACUAAAACUGCCGUACCAAAUUGAUUCAGACGCCGCUCUUUUGCCGUACUUAAUUCAUCAGUUAGGUUCGGCUCAUGAAUGGAGCGGCGUCUGAACCGGGCCUGAGUCGAACUAUUUGUACCAAUGUGGUUUUUAGUGAUUGGUGUAUCACAAACCUUGCUCAUGGUUGUUGGGUUUCGAUCCAAAGGAUUGUUGGCGUUGUGAGAGAAAGAAACUGACUCCUCAGCAGUCCGCUGCGGUGGAGAUCUCAUAAUUAUGGACACUUGACUUGAGACUGUCCAAGUAUAAAGAGAACACUUCAUAUAUCUGAGUGAAUGAUUUGAUUGUAUAAGGGAAUAUUUAAUCCUAAUUAUAACAGACCCAUUACCCUACUAAUGGAGGCCUCUAAGAAGUAGUCAUUAUCAUCUUUCUCUAAGGAGACGAAAAGCUCAUUUGCUUUCAUCUAAACCUUUGCGUAAUAGUUAAAUUAUCAUUGUCAGAGGAUCAGCUGUUAAAACCUUCGUUCAGUGAAUUAUUGAAAUAUACGCUUACUGUUAAAGUUCUCUGUUAUUCGUUGCGACACAAAUACGCCAUUUGAACAAUGACGUCAUUUCACUACUAAGACCAUAAUUCAUUUCGUUUUUGCCCAGUUUCAUAUUAAAAUUUGAUCUUCCGAGAGAGGUUUAUAACAAAGGUCCAAUUUUCAGAAGAACCAAACACCCUGAGUAUUCUUGUAGUAGUAGCAUUCAAAAGACGUCAUCGUGCAAAUCGUCUAUUUUAAAUAUCAUUCGCAGGAGAUGAAACUGAUGCAGCCCAGAUUACUUCAAACCCGUUAGAAACGGUGCAGCAAACACUCGGUCAACUACCAAAAGGUUAGAACGCAGUAUUCAUUUUGUUUGUAUAUAAAUUUGUACACCAGGCCGUCUUUAGUUAGAACAAGUAUCCUCAUUAAUGUUAGCACUGUCGUGCUUAAUACAUUGACUCUUAAAUCGAGUAGUACUUUUUUUUUCAAAAUUGAAACGCACUGUCUAUAGAACAUUUUGCAUUAUCGCCUUAGUUUAUGCUCUCUAUAUCUUACAGGACAGAGUAGUCUGCUUGGAGGAACGAAAAUCAGUGACUCUAAUUUUUAUACAAGACCCAUCAGCCAUUCUCCAAAGGCCACUUUUACUUGGAAGCUUGCGAAAGCCUCGCCUGAUAGGCUUGGUGACAAUUCAAGUAAUCUGUACCUUCCCAAAGAUGAUGAAUUGAGAAACCUGUCAUGUAAGUUCAAAUUGAGUUUAAGGUAUUAGAAAAGUGCAGUUUUUUACUAUAACUUUGGCUUGCUACUUUUGACUUCUUCAAGAAUUUCGUUAAGCUAAAAAAAAAUCAAAACAAAAAAAGUGAACUGAAUGUUUUCCGUAAAACGUAAAAGCACUCGGUACGUUGUGUGUGCCAUCUUUCUUUUCCGGUGCAACAGCCUUGUCUUCGAUAACGUUUAUAUCUUUCGUUUUUUUUGCGUUAAAGAUAAGAUAAACCUCGUGUGGUGGCCUCUAUUACAUAGAAUGCAGUUUUAUAUCCCCAUUUGUAGUUCCUAGUUACAAGUCCAUUUGUAGUUUCCUAUUCUAGUUACAAGUGCUAAGAGUGAUUAACAACUGCGUUGCUUAGUGGCGGUUGGAUGCCUGUUAUACCUAGGAGCUUCCACCAUUGGCAGCCAGCUCCUAGAUAGAGACCGCUCCCAUGGCUGGGAAAUCCUUGCAACCCAGGCAUGAGCCCCCACGCGGCAAUAGAGAAAGCAAGCACCCGUCGCACUGAGAACAUCAGUGGAAAAAAGGGAAGGGAGGGGGGGGGGGGUAAGCAUGAAGCAUGAAGGUUCGUGGUAGAUGCGCAUCUCGGACACACCGCUGGCCAGCAAGGUGAAACAAGCGCUUCUUGUUGUUAAUUGCAUUAAAUUACAUUUAACCGCAUUAAAUUGUGUCUUAAAUCUUAGGCAAAUCCUUCCUUGUGAAAAUAAAGACCGGCAAACCUUGGGACAACGAUUUUCUUUUUACAUCAAAUGGAAAUUAUCAAUCAACAAGGCGAGAAAUCGAGGUUAAGGUGAGAAAUGAAGAAACUUAACCAUAAGUUUCAAUGGACUCUAAAUUUAAGAUGACGGUGCCUUCAAAUGACCACUAACUGUCUUUUUAAAGGUACUUGACGCUUACGAAGAUGAUAAAGAUUUUCGGGGAGCUUUCUUUACCAAAUUCAGGUUCGUGAAAUAUAAUUCGGUUGGAGGAGAAUUAACAUUUAAAUCCUAUUUUUGUAGUAUUAUGUUUAAACCUAAGCCUGUAACAAGAUCGAACCAAAAUAGAUUUGAGUAGAGCGAUCAUUAUUGAUGUUAUUGCCAUCAUCAAGAUUAUCAUCACUAUCAUUAUCAUCAUCAUCGUCAACAUAAUCAGCAUCACCGUAAUCAUCGUUAGUGCCAUCACCAUCAUCAACCUUACCAUCACCAUCAUCAUCAUUAUCAUCAUCGUCAUCAUCAUGGUCAUUACUACUAUCAUCAUCAUCACCACCAUCACCAUCACCAUCACUAGCACCAUCAUCAUAUUCACUUUUACUUCUGUCUAUCAUUAUCACCAUUUGUCUGAUCAACAUUAAGGUCUUUACACUUUUUUCGUUGUAGUUCUUACGAUGAACCAGGAGAGGUCAAAGCUUUCUUUGUAUUAAGAUUCAGAGCUGUUGGGAAAUUCCUUGGAAAAUUGAUUGAUAAACUUGGAGCAGGAAACGUUUCAGCAGCAGGUGAAAUUUCACAUUUAAAACUUUCUUGUGUUAUAAACAAUACAAGUAUUUGAUACUAUAUAGUGACAAAUUGUAAUUUCAUUCUUGGCCAUGACCGUACCAUGACAAUAAUUGUGGAAAUGGAUAGAUAAUCUUUUCGUGGCUUUUUUGUUAUGAAAAUAGUUUAAAAAUUUUAGAUAGCCUGACCUCUUGUUUGUCCGAUAAUAUAGGUUGCUUCGACACCUCUGACCAGUGUCCAAGUCCCUGCCCACUUACAUGCGCGCCUUUAUGCCAGUCGUCUUGUUGUCAACAAUACAUUCCUGCCCCAGCCGCUCCAGUCGCUCAAUGCCCAAGUCCCUGCCCACAGACGUGCGCGCCUUCAUGUCAGUCAUCUUGCUGUCAGCAGCAAGUGGCUGCUCCAGUUACUCCACCAGUCACCCCAGUCAGUCAAUGUCCUAGCCCCUGUCCACAGACAUGUGCUCCUUCUUGCCAACCAUCCUGCUGUCAACGACCUGUUUCCGCUUCCGUCGCACCAUUAGCUACCCCAGCCGUUCCAGUAACUCAAUGUCCCAGCGGUUGUCCGCAGAAAUGUGCUCCUUCAUGCCAUCCGUCCUGUUGUCAACAGCCUGCUUCCUCUCCCGUCGUACCACUAGCUGCUCCACUCAGUCAAUGCCCCAGCCCCUGUCCACAGAAAUGCGCACCUUCAUGCCAACCGUCCUGUUGUCAGCAGCAUAAUCCCGCACCAAUUCCUCCACCAGUCCCAGUUGCUCAAUGUCCUCAACCCUGCCCGCUGGCAUGUGCGCCUUCUUGUCAACCCUCCUGUUGUCAGCGUUCUGGUUCUUCUCCCAUGAUCCCAGUCGCUCCAGUACCUUCAUUCACUCCAGUCGCUCCUUUGGCUCAAUGUCCCAGCCCUUGUUCACAGUCAUGUGCGCCCUCCUGUGAGUCUUCCUGCUGUCAGCAGUAUGCUCCAGCUCCAGCCAUGCCUCAGCCAGUUUUUCCACCAGUACAACCUUUGAGGAUAACAGUGUCUAACCCUCAAAUCUCCUUCGAGCAACCAUCACAGCAGUUGAACCCACAUUUACCGGUUUAUCCCACACGCCCUGCUGGCAUGCAAGCGUUGUCUGGUUCCCAGUGCUCUGCGGGUUGUUCUCCAAAUUGUGCACCAAUUUGCUCGCCUACUUGCUGUCAGUUUUAUGACGUUGGCCGUAGAAAAGGAAAUGUUAAAAAAUGGCUCCGGAGGCAAAGUCUACAGGAAGAAAAGCACUAAAGCCAUGGAAGUUAGGCUGGAUUUAGAUCAGCAUCUAUAGAUAAGCCAACAAAACGAAAUCAGGACAUAGAAGAGUAUUGAGGCUUCCUUAAAACAGAAUGCAAAGGAAUCAGCUAAAAAGAAGACCUUUUGCGCUGUGAUAACGACAUGAUAGCGUUGUAAUGUUUCGAAUGGACGUUUUUUGUAGAAUACAAGACUGAAAAUAUUAGACGUCCAAAAUUAUUCAUCACUUUUCAUUGGAGGAAACUCAAGAGUUAUAAUGUUAUAACGUUAUUUCUUUUACAUGAGGUGAUUUUGAUUUGAACAUUUAACUUUAUUAAAAUUUGGGCGUUUGUCUAACUUGUUACUUUGUUAUUAGAAUUACAACACAAGCAUAAUUAAUCACCUU